AUGUGCAAGUCUCCACGCACCACCUCCCGCAUGGGGAAGUUGGAGGGAGCAGGAGCUUUGGGAUAUAAGCUUCGCCUUCACCUCAUCUCCCCCUCACUCCGAUCUUGUCGUCCGUCCUCCCGUCACCAUCGUCGUCUCUUUUGGCCCUCGGUGCUUUGCGCUGCAGUUCUUUGCUACUUUGUCUGGUCUUCCGCCUUUGCAAGCACUGCCACGAUGCGUUCGUCUCUCUUCUCUGCCGCCGCUGGAGCAGCUCUGUUCCUACCGGCCUCAACCGCCCAGUUCGUUGGCGGCCCCGGGGGCAACACAUCUGCCGUCACCCCACGCCCCGACGAGGACGGCAAAUACUGGAUCUUCAGUGACCACCUCAAGGCCGGCUUCAUCCCCUACGGUGCCUCGAUCUCGGAUCUCAUUAUUGCGGACAAGUAUGGUGUUCCCCGCGACAUUGUCGCCGGCUUCGACAACGCCAGUUACUACAGCAUUGACACCCAGCACCCUCACUUCGGUGGUGUUCCCGGUCGUUAUGCAAACCGCAUCAAGAACAGCACCUUUGAGAUUGACGGCGAAACGUACAAGGUUGACGCCAACGACAACAAGGGUCUGAACACCCUACACGGUGGCUCGGACGGUUGGGACUACCGCAACUUCACUGUUGUUUCUCAUACCAACAACAGCAUUACAUUCUCCAUUACGGAUCCCGACGGAAAGGAGGGCUUCCCUGGCGAGGUCGUCUCGCUUAUCACUUACACUGUGAUUGACUGGAAUUGGGAGAUCAAGAUGAUUGCCAUUCCAACAACCAAGAAGACGCCUAUCAUGCUCAGCAGCCACACUUACUGGAACCUUGACGGUUUCGCCAACAACGAGACUAGCACGGCCCUCAACCACACCCUGCACAUGCCUUACAACGGCCAGAGAGUGGCGGUUGAUAACAUCCUGAUUCCCACGGGAGAGAUUCUACCUAACGCCAAGGGUUCCGUCAAUGACUUCUGGAGCGCUCCCAAGGAGAUUGGCGCCGACUUCUCCAAGAAGGAGCUCGAGAACAACUGUGGCCUGAACUGCACCGGCUAUGACAACUGCUGGAUCGUCAACCGCAACGAUCUCGGCCCUUACAACUGGCGUACCGAAGGCUACGUCGCCCGCUUGCAAUCCGCCUGGUCCGGUAUUCAGGUCGAUGUCUACUCCGACCAGGAAGCCUUCCAGAUGUACAGCUGUAACCAGCAGGAUGGCUCCAUGGCCCUCAAGAAGUCACAAGGUCUGUUUGACAACGCUGACUUCCCUCGCAUCAUCCCCAAAUACGGCUGCGUUGUCCUCGAGGUCCAGGACUGGAUUGACGGUAUCAACAACCCCGCUUGGGGCCGCGGCAAGAAGCAGAUCUUCGAGCCUGGUGGUGACCCGUAUGUCCUCCAAGCCAGCUACCGCUUCAGCGUCAACUCCACCAUUGGUGCUUAA